CAAAACCGGCGCUAAUACUAUUAUUCCAAGAUGGCGGACCUCCUAGGCUCAAUUUUAAGCUCGAUGGAGAAACCUCCGACAGUCGGCGACAAGGAAAGCCGACGAAAGGCCCGAGAGCAAGCAGCCAGAAUGAAGAAGAUGCAAGAGGAUGAAAAGAAAAAGAAAGCUGACUUUAGGAAAAAGAUGGAGAAGGAGGUUUCAGAUUUUAUUCAGGACAGUACGCAGCCCAAAAGAAAAUACACACCCAUGGGGAAGAUAGAAAGAAGUAUAAUACAUGAUGUUGCGGAGGUGGCCGGGCUCGCGUCCUUCUCCUUUGGGGAGGACGAGGAGAGUCGCUACGUCAUGCUUUUCAAGAAGGAAUCUGCCCCUACAGACGAUGAGCUGGAGGCGUACCGUAAGGGAGAGGAGUGGAACCCACAGGUGGCCGAGCAGCGCCGCAGGCUCAAGGAGCAGGCAGCGUUGGAGCAGGCCACCUCUCUGAAGACCAAUAAACUGGAGGCAUCCCCCGCCUCCAACUACCGGGACAAGUACAGCCACCUGAUCGGGACGUCUGCCGCUAAGGACGCGGCGCACACGCUGGAGGCCAACAGUGCCUAUGGCUGUGUGCCCACGGCAAACAAGCGCGACAAGCGCUCCAUCGAGGAGGCCAUGAACCAGAUCAGAGCCAAGAAGAAGCAGAAGCUGGAGGAUCCCCCGGGGGCUACGGGGCCUGACGCAGGCAGCAGUCAGUCCUGAGGGCCCUGGCCCCCCGCCUGCUCCCCCUCUCUGUGUUAGUGUGAGUUUUUAAACGUUCAAGAAGCAAUAUUCCCGUUAAAGUGUACCAGGCGAUGGUCCGAGAGCCCACAGCACCGUGCUGUCCUCCAGUAUCUCUUAAUACAUCGUCAUAGGGACAGGGCUCAAACGUACAUGUGCUUACAUCCACCCACUGAGGUGUGUGGUCGCUUUUUAGUGGAAUAGUUCCAUUACAACUAGUUUUAAAAAAGGUCUAUAAAGUGUUUUCUCUUCUCCAAAGUAAGUCGCAAGUGACAACCGGUUUCAGAUAAAUGACUACAAGUUCCUGAAAUGGCCUCAAAUUUACUGUGACGACAUAACAUACAUUCGCUAUAAGGCUGCAUAUAUAGGCUGCAAAAGGCACUAAAUUUUGUUCAGUAAAACAAUAGUCCUCGAGACUAGUGUAUUUCAAAUUGAUGAUAGGAAUAAAUUCAAAGAUGCUUAACGAUUUGUGAUUGUGAAGCUAUAACCUGUUUGUACAUGCACUGUUCCCUUGAAACUCAUCUUAUGAAAUCUUUUCUGUUUGUUUUUGUCUUUAUUAUUUUUGUAUUUUAUUUUUUUUACUGGUUUGUACACCAGAAUCGUUUUUUUAAUGAGGUUCAAUAGGGCUAUGUGAUUUACUGAAUAAGUUUCAAACUUCCACACACAAAUAACGUAUUGCAGUAGCCCAGGAAUAAACAGUAGAAGGCGCAAACAAAUGUUUUUAAAGUGUCUCCGUCUGCUAUAGGAAUGUUUGGCGCCAUCUAGCGAUGAUAUUUAAACCAAGCGUUUUUACACCGUGAUGGAAACGGGCAGUUAUGGCAAAGGUUCCAAAAGAGGAGGGAGGUUUUAGAAUUUAUUUUUUUAUUAUUCAUGAUAUGAACAUAUUUGUGGUCGUGUCUACUAUGUUGUGUGUUCAUAAAAGUCUGGUUCCUACAGUUCUAAAGCGAGUAUAGCCCUUAUAAACUAAGGCUAUCAAAGCGGGUUGUAUUUUAAAUGGAUGUUAUAUUUAUUUCCUGACUUUUCACUGUGCUUUAUAAUGUUUCUUAUUUGACAUACCCAUGUCUGUUUUUAUGAUUGUUGCCAUCAGCAUACAUGUAUGUAAAAGGUAACCUCUAUUUCAAUAAAAACUAACAAAAACACAGUAUAGCAAUUUUCAAG